AUGCAUCACUCAGACCUGAGCAUUGACGAGGGCCCGUCAUUUUGGGCACCUGGUACCAUCAUAUUAGAGGAAGCUGGCCAGUCUACCUCAGCACCAAAGCUACAUCCCCUACCGACCGCAGACCCAGACGAUCCUUUAAAUUGGUCGGCUCGAAGAAAAACCGUCCACUUUAUCCUCGUGAAUUUCUACGUGUUUCUUACUUUCGUUGAAUUAGAUCUCGGUGGCGCCGCGUGGCAAGCCUAUCAACAAGAGCUCAACUUCUCAGUCGCCUUUUUGAAUGAAACCGUGGCCUACAACUAUCUCGGUCUAGCUUGCGGCUGCAUCUUCCUGAUCCCCUUUGUUUACAAAUAUGGCAGGCGGCCUGUCUACAUCUUCAGUUCCGUCGUACAACUGGGCUCUUGCAUUCUCCUCGCGCUGACACGAAACGAGGGCGACAUGAUCGCAGGCAAUCUCCUAUCGGGCUUUGGCGGCGCAAUCAGCGAAAUUAUUGCGCAAAUUACCAUCGCCGACGUGUUCUUCGUGCACCAGCAUGCUGCAAUGAACGGAUGGUUCCUGUUUGCCCAGAGCACUGGCGGGACGCUUGGACCUGUGGCUUCUGGGUACGUCGUCGAUGGUCAAGGCUGGAGAUGGAUGUGGUGGUGGUGCGUUAUCUUGUUUGCAAUCAACCUCGUUCUAGUCAUCUUCUUUUUCGAAGAAUCGAAGUACUCUGUCGCCACUCCCUAUCACGUAGCCACCGGGUCAUCUGAACAAAUGACGACGCAUCUCGCAGAAUUCGGGAGCGAUACCGAAAAUUGCCACCACAACGAGACACCUCGCCAAAAGUCCUAUCUUCAGCGACUUACCCUGGUCACCAAAACGGAUGGCGCAAUGUGGAAAGACUUCUAUCGGCCUUUGGUUCCGUUGUUCAAGUUUGCCGCAAUAGCAUACGCCGCGGUCACGUUCGGGACUCUCUCCAUCGCACUUGCAGUCACCACAUCCAUCAUGUCCGUUUAUUUGUUCGAGCCGCCCUACAACUUCUCUGCGUCCUCCGUUGGCCUGAUGAAUCUUGCUCUCUUUGUGACUUCGAUUCCGGCGCUGGCGUUUGGCGGCUAUGGUAACGACUUUCUGAUUCUCUGGCUCUCAAGACGUAACCGAGGUAUCUAUGAGCCCGAGAUGCGUCUGUGGUUAGCAUUGCCCAUGGCGAUUGUUUGCCCAGCGGGUAUCUUAAUGGCCGGGCUAACCAUAAGCUAUGGUGGUCCUUGGCCAUUAAUCGCGGUCGGACUAGGGUUGUUCGGCUUCGGCCUAAACGUGAUCAACGAUGCAGCUUUAUCUUACGCCAUGGACAGUUAUCAUGAGAUUCUCGGCUCCGCCAUGGUUGGAGUUGUGUUCGCGCUCGCAACGUCAACAUUGGUGGCUGCCGCCCAAGUCUACAAGAAACUAGCCGAGCGGCAGGUGUCAUCGCGCAGAGCAUAA